CUUGAUCUCCUGACCUCGUGAUCCGCCCGCCUCGGCCUCCCAAAGUGCUGGGAUUACAGGCGUGAGCCACCGUGCCCGGCCCAGAGUGAUUCUUUUAAACCAUAAGAUGGUAUAAAACAGAGGUGGUGUAGAUGCAAGCCAGCUUGCCUGCUUGUAAAGCAGUUCCAUCACUUCUUAGCUGUGCGACCUUGAGCACAUGAGUGAACCUUUCUUUCAUAGUGCUAUGUGAGAACUGGGUGAGUUAAAAUGCUUAAAAGUGCUUAGAACAGGGCCUGGCUGAGGGUUGGUUGCCGCUGCUAUCCUGGAAUCAGCUGAUGCCACUGCUUGGGCCUUCCUAUCCAGUGGCCCAUCUCUCUCACUAAAAGCCAAAGUCGUGGUAGCAGCCUCGGAGGACCAGCCCUGAUCCAUCUGCCCUCAUGGACCUGGCCCACUGUCACAUCCCCUCAGCACACUGCCCCAGCUGGCCACACCACAUUCCUGACCCCAGCCCUCUGCUUUUCCUCUUAGUGUCACGUGGAACUUCCCCUCCUCCCAGCCCUAUUACCCACCUGGCUUACUCCUCUGCCUUCACGUGGACGCAGGCCAUGAGGCCUUCUUGGAUCCCCCUUCCUAAAACUGCCUCCCCUUCUUCAGGCGCUUUCCUUGUUUUGUUUUUGCUUGAAUACUUCUUGGCAUGUGGCAGUGUACAUACUCUUCUUAGUUGUUAGCGGUCCAUCACCCCCGCUAAAAUGUGAGCUCUGUAGAGCAGGGUUUUGUCCACCUUGUGUCUGCAGCAUCUAGGAUGGUGUGUGUGCGCGAUGAAUGGAGAAAGCUUGUAGAGGGGAGGAAGGAACUUUGACCAGGACUGCCCACCACUGAGCUCUGGGACCGGGCAGGUUUCCUGCUUUCCCAAGGAGCUCACUCACUUGGCACGGCGCCAGACUUCCCUGCUGUGCAUUUCUUCAGGGCGGCUGCUCAGCCCCUAUUAGCACCUUUGCUUGGAAUGUCUACUCUGGCUGCUUCUUUGCCUUCUGUGGUAGCAGGCUUCCCCAUUCCGCCACACUGUUGGUCUCUAAUCCCCUGCUCCUUGUAGCUUCUUCAAGUAGCUUUUGUGUCCCAGAAUCACGGAUUGACUCACCAGGGUCUCUGUGGGACUGCCAGGUUCUGAGGUGUCUGGCACUGGUAAUCUGUGGCACUGGGCGCAUUGAUCCCUUGGUCUGUUCUCUGAAAUAGUCUUUCUUGGUUGCCAGGAGACUGACCUCACCCCACUUAGUGUUCCUCGUGCCUGCCUGGUUGCCGCCCACAGCCUCCUGAGCGUCUUCGGCACUUUAUAGUCAGUUAUUAGCUAUGUGCUGUGUUUCCUGGAUCCUUAGCACCUUUGAUGGACACAUCUUUCGGGACCUACUGUGUGAAAUUUCCAUUGGAUUCAGAAAUGUUAGGACAUCCUAGAAUCCAGGAAAUGGGGUGACAGCACAGUGGUCAUUGCCCUGCCAGUGUGUCCAGGCCCUGUGACCUUGUCUCUUGUCCAUGUAGUGCGUUCCUUAGAGUAGAUUGCAAGUGGAUAGUUGUUCAGUGUAUUGAGUAAACCUAAACUAGUCUCUGGUUUUCAUGUCGUGUCCCCUUCGAAGUACAGCUACCAUACCCUAUCCCUUGUUAAAUGCGUGAUGUCUGCAUCUCCUGUUCUUUCCGGGAAUCUUGGGAGGAUGUUAUGUCAUGCAGUGCGGUUUGCAUGUGUGCAUCUUUACUCGUGUGCAUGCAUGUGCAUGCAUGCGUGUUCCUGUGCACGUUCUGGGAGUGUGCAUGUGCGUGUGUCUGCAUGUGCUCCUCCUGCUCUGAUGCAGGAUUUUCCGCCUGCCCCCUCAGACCCAUCUUCCCUGUUUCAUGUCGUCCCUUUCUUCAUGCUUCCUCUGUAGUAAGGCUUCCUAGAGUUUCGUCCUUAACCCUCAUCUUCAGGUGGCCUUCCUCCUGUGGGUUUGGCGACUACCUCCACAGUGCAUCCUGGCCUUCCGUAUCUGGGCCAGUCAUGGCUCCAGAGUUGUGGCCUGGGCACCUUCAGAGCCUGCCUGGAGGUCCCCUCCGUUCUCUUCGCUAGGCUCCUGCCUGCAUGCUGGAAUUUGGUCGUCCUUCCUUGUCUUUAGUUCCCUCUUUUUGCUGCUGUCCACUUCCACUGGGUCAACAAGUGCGGUCAGUUCUGUGACACUGUUCUUGGCCCAUUGCCUGGGCCUCUGAGACACCUUUGUCCUCUGGCCUGGAGGACUGUCCCCGUGCCCCGGGUGCAGUUGAUUCUGCCUGGCACAGCUGUGGGUCUCCCCUCUCAAGUAGGAGCCUACUUGUGGCAUGAGAGUCGCUUCACCUUCAGUGGCUCCUUAUUGUCCCCAGGGCGGAACAGGCUGCAGAUGGCACCCAGGCCUCUCUGUGCCUCGGCUCCAGCUGUCUCUUGUGGCUCCCCACCCCAAAUCCUGGCAGGUCCCUUCCCCACAGCCACCCACCCCUCUCCUCCAUCGGGAACAGAACUAUGCUGCCACCUCUGGUGACCUCAGCACGCUGCAUCACUGUCCCCGUCCACGUGCUACCCUGUGGGCCCAGGAGAGCCCUGGGGUCCCUGAGUAGCAGAGCGCCUGGCCAUGCCUCUGAGGCCCCUAGUGCCGCAGAGUUGAGCUGAGGGUCUCGCGCUCGCCCUUUGACUGACCCAGCCCUUGCAGGUAGAAGAAGAAAGGUGCCACUCCGGCAUGAAGACAGACUCGCUUAGUCGCCAGUCACUUAAGCUGAGUGCAUUGUGAUUUCCAAUAAUUGAGGCAGUGGUUCUAAAAGCUGUCUACAUUAAUGAAAAGAGCAAUGUGGCCAGCUUGACUAAGCCGCCAGCACACAGCGCGGCAGGACGCGCCUGGGUCUCAGCGGACUUGUGCAUGUUAGCUGUGUAGAUUUAUGUGAGGGCUUAUAAAACUCUGGUCUUGUAAACUAGUCUUAAGCGCUUUUAAUAUGGAGACAGAUGAGAGCCCCUCUCCGCUCCCGUGUGGGCCCGCAGGAGAAGCGGUGAUGGAGAGCCGAGCUCGCCCCUUCCAAGCGCUGCCCCGUGAGCAGUCUCCACCACCUCCCCUGCAAACGUCCAGUGGUGCAGAGGUAAUGGACGUUGGCUCUGGUGGUGAUGGACAGUCCGAACUCCCUGCCGAGGACCCCUUCAACUUCUACGGAGCUUCUCUUCUCUCCAAAGGAUCCUUCUCUAAGGGCCGCCUCCUCAUAGACCCGAACUGUAGUGACCACAGCCCGCGCACCGCCCGGCACGCACCUGCGGUCCGGAAGUUCUCCCCUGACCUUAAGUUGCUUAAGGAUGUAAAGAUUAGCGUGAGCUUUACCGAGAGCUGCAGGAGUAAGGACAGGAAGGUGCUGUACACAGGAGCAGAGCGCGACGUGCGGGCGGAGUGCGGUCUGCUCCUUAGCCCUGUCAUUGGGGACGUGCAUGCUUGUCCCUUUGGCGGGAGUGUUGGUGAUGGGGUAGGCAUAGGGGGUGAGAGUGCUGAUAAGAAGGAUGAGGAGAAUGAGCUGGAUCAGGAAAAGAGAGUGGAGUAUGCAGUGCUCGAUGAGUUAGAAGAUUUUACUGACAAUUUGGAGCUAGAUGAAGAAGGAGCAGGCGGGUUCACGGCUAAAGCAAUCGUUCAGAGAGACAGAGUGGAUGAAGAGGCCUUGAAUUUCCCCUACGAGGAUGACUUUGACAACGAUGUGGAUGCUCUGCUGGAGGAAGGCCUUUGUGCCCCCAAAAAGAGGCGAACAGAGGAAAAAUAUGGCGGAGACAGCGACCAUCCAUCCGAUGGAGAGACGAGUGUGCAGCCGAUGAUGACCAAGAUUAAAACAGUGCUCAAAAGUCGUGGCCGCCCACCUACAGAACCGCUGCCCGACGGGUGGAUCAUGACAUUCCAUAACUCUGGAGUCCCGGUGUACCUACACAGAGAGUCUCGGGUGGUCACCUGGUCCAGGCCAUACUUCUUGGGAACGGGAAGCAUACGGAAACACGACCCUCCUCUGAGUAGCAUCCCUUGUCUGCAUUAUAAGAAAAUGAAGGACAACGAGGAACGGGAGCAAAGCAGUGACCUCACCCCUAGUGGGGAUGUGUCCCCUGUCAAGCCUCUGAGCCGAUCUGCAGAGCUGGAGUUUCCCCUGGAUGAGCCUGACUCUAUGGGUGCUGACCCGGGGCCCCCAGAUGAGAAAGACCCACUAGGGGCUGAGGCAGCCCCUGGGGCCCUGGGGCAGGUGAAGGCCAAAGUCGAGGUGUGCAAAGACGAAUCCGUUGAUCUCGAGGAAUUUCGAAGCUACCUGGAGAAGCGUUUUGAUUUUGAGCAAGUUACUGUGAAGAAAUUCAGGACUUGGGCUGAGCGGCGGCAAUUCAAUCGGGAAAUGAAGCGGAAGCAGGCGGAGUCCGAGAGGCCCAUUUUGCCGGCCAAUCAGAAGCUCAUUACUUUAUCAGUGCAAGAUGCACCCACAAAGAAAGAAUUUGUCAUUAACCCCAACGGGAAAUCCGAGGUCUGCAUCCUGCACGAGUAUAUGCAGCGUGUCCUCAAGGUCCGCCCUGUCUAUAAUUUCUUUGAAUGUGAGAACCCAAGUGAGCCUUUUGGUGCCUCGGUGACCAUUGAUGGUGUGACUUACGGAUCUGGAACUGCAAGCAGCAAAAAACUUGCGAAGAAUAAAGCUGCCCGAGCUACACUGGAAAUCCUUAUCCCUGACUUUGUUAAACAGACCUCUGAAGAGAAGCCCAAAGACAGUGAAGAACUUGAGUAUUUUAACCACAUCAGCAUCGAGGACUCGCGGGUCUACGAGCUGACCAGCAAGGCUGGGCUGUUGUCUCCAUAUCAGAUCCUCCACGAGUGCCUUAAAAGAAACCAUGGGAUGGGUGACACGUCUAUCAAGUUUGAAGUGGUUCCUGGGAAAAACCAGAAGAGUGAAUACGUCAUGGCGUGUGGCAAGCACACAGUGCGCGGGUGGUGUAAGAAUAAGAGAGUUGGAAAGCAGUUAGCCUCACAGAAGAUCCUUCAGCUGCUGCACCCACAUGUCAAGAACUGGGGUUCUUUACUGCGCAUGUACGGCCGUGAGAGCAGCAAGAUGGUCAAGCAGGAGACGUCGGACAAGAGUGUGAUUGAGCUGCAGCAGUAUGCCAAGAAGAACAAGCCCAACCUGCACAUCCUCAGCAAGCUCCAGGAGGAGAUGAAGAGGCUGGCUGAGGAGAGGGAGGAGACUCGAAAGAAGCCCAAGAUGUCCAUUGUGGCGUCCGCCCAGCCUGGCGGUGAGCCCCUGUGCACCGUGGACGUGUGAGGGAGGUGGCACGGGCCAGGGCGCGGGGGCCGCCAGCAGCACUUCUGAGGAGACCAGCAGUCAUGCAUCGUGCACCACAGUGUCGGGCCUCCAACCCAAGCUCCUUCCCUGUGGCCAACCUGUGGGCCUGGCCUGAGGGUGGAGGCUCUGGUGUACAGGGACAGUCACGGCCACACAGCACACAUGUGGAACAGCGGCUCCCCCUAGAAAGCUCCAGGCCUGAAUGGAUGGACUAAGCGACUGCACCAGUGGCAGCUGGUGACUGUGGACAGUGGUGGACCUUGCUUCUGUGCACCUGCUGCAGGCUCUUUUUAUGAAGGCUUUCAUCAAUUUUAGUAUGUAAUAUGCACUGAUGACACAUGAUACUUGGAUGACAGAUGAGAGAGGAUGGGUGAGUCCUGCGGCUGGCCCGUGAUGCCAGGUGGCCCAUGUGCCCAGGACACCUGCAGGGCUGCUGCAGGGACCUGGUUAGGAGGUGCACAUGGUGCCCUGCCCUCACCUGCCUUCUGUGUUUCCCCUUCUUUGAAAAGGUAGAACAGAAAAGAGUAUUUUAAACCUUUUUGGCUUAAAAUAAGCAGAAUUUUAGUAUCAGAACUACCUUUCUGGGAUUGGAGGCAAACAAUCAAGGUGGUCCCUCUCUAGUCUGGACAUGAUGCCAGCGAGGAUAUGUCCUGCCACCUCCUGGAGUUGCCCUGGCCUCCUAGGGGUCCUUUUUCUGAUGAAGUCUUAACACCCUAAAAGCGCCUCUCUGGACACUGAGGCCCUCCCUGCCUUUCCUGGCCUCCGGCAAUAGUUUUUUACAAAGAUUUUUUGCAGUCGAGUCCGUAUGUCCACCCAUUGAUUUUUAAAGCUUUUGUGAUACCUUAGCAUUUUGAAAGAGACUUUUACAGUGAGAGUAGAAGGUAGAUUUGGAAUCAUGCAUUUUAGCAAGUGGACCUGUUUAAACAGGAAGCAAGGGCCUUCAGUGUAGCCCAUUCUUCAUCCAGAGCUGUUGACUGACAGCGGCUUCUCUGGAUGUCAAAGGCAGCUGCCCUGCCCGGUGCCAAGCUUGCUUCUCGACUGGUGGCCCCUGUGUGUGGGUAUGGGAUGGAAAUGUGUUCCUGCCUGAGUCUGAAGCACCAGGGUGUCCUCAAAGGCACCUAUGCAGGGUGCCAUGUGCUUGUGGUGCACCAUCUGAAGCAAGAGUCCAGCAUUCUGCCGUGUCUGUCCACCACACCCCCCACAGGUGGUACUGAUGGCGUUUUUUUGUUUUUUGUUUUGUCAGGAGAACAAUGUUGGCCCAUGGGCCGCCCACAACAUAUCCCUCCCUCACCACCUGUGUGACCAAGGUUGGCUUCUGUUGACCUUUAAAAAGGAAACCCUCAACCCUCAACUCAAGUUGCUGUAAUUAGACACUUGCUUCUGUCUUGCCUCCUGUCUGCAGCUGUGAAUAGUCAUUUGACUGUGACUGUUGCCCUUAGCCAGCCAGAUGCGCCUGUGAACCAAAGCUUUGUGCACAUGUGUUCCCCUAAAGGUUGGGGAGCCUCGCUGCGUCUUGCUGUUCCCAGGCACCACCACCACAGCAGGUGCUGCCAUACUCUCGUGGUCUCCGUGCCCCCCCCCCCCCCCCCCCCCCCCCGGCGCCGGGC